AAAUACUAGUAGUCUACAGUGCCUAGCGAACGUUGGCAAGCAAUACAAAUACGUUUAUCAUGGCUGGUAGAAAGGCCGUAGAACUAGAAGUGUAUUUAGAUUUAUUGUCUCAACCAUGUAGAGCAAUACAUAUAUUUCUUAACUGCAAUAAAAUUCCACACAAGGUGAAAACAGUUGCAAUACGAAAAGGGGAGAAUAGGACACCAGAGUAUACAAAACUCAAUCCCAUGCAGAAGGUCCCUGUGAUGGUCGACAAUGACUUUGUUCUGACUGAGAGUGAUGCCAUAUUAAAAUACCUGGCCACCAAAUAUGAUGUCCCAGGUAACUGGUACCCACGCCACCCAGAGAGGAGGGCGAGAGUGGAUGAAUACACAGCCUGGCACCAUACCAACACCCGGCCACAUGCGGCCAAGGUCUUUCUCAUGGAGGUUUUACUGCCCCAUAUGACAGGGCAGCCAGCAGACCCACUGAAGGUGGAGCGGGCGUUGGCAGACCUGAGUGACACUCUGGAGAAGCUGGAGAACAUGUUCCUCAAGAGACAGCCCUUCCUCUGUGGAGAUGACAUCAGCCUGGCUGACCUGCUGGCCAUGUGUGAACUCAUGCAGCCCCUAGGUGGCGGCAGAGACAUCCUGAAGGAUCGUCCCAAGCUGUUGAGCUGGAAAAGUCGUGUCCAGUCUGCGCUGGGUGAUUCCUUUGGCAAGGCACACACAGUGCUGUACAGUCUCCGGGACAGGUCCAAAGCAAAGCUAUGAAAUAAUCUCAAUAUGAUUUGAUAUAAAAGCUUGCACGAUGCUUGAAAGCAACACUACUACCAGAUGUCUUUACUGAUUAUGUUUGUGCUGUCCAUGUUGACCUCGAGAUUGUUUAUAGGCUCAAUGGGAGAGUGAUCCGUGCCUUACAUUAACCUCUGUGUGAUAUGCUACAAAAUUACUAGCUAGAUGGUUCAGCAUUAUGAACCUUGAUCUGGAGUGGAGAUGUUGAAGAGAGUAAGAUAAUAUAAAAUAUUAUCUAGAAGAGUAAUAUAUUUUCAAUGACAUACAACUGCCUAGAAUGAAUGGAUGCAUAACAAUAAAAACCAGUGGAAAAUGUUUGUUUAUUCAA